AUGGAGCAAGUCGAGCUUCAACAUAUACCUGAGAGCGGAACCACUACCGUCGCUGAUGGUAACACUAUCACUUACUGCAAUCUGCGCAAUUGUGCCGUCACUAGCUCUUCAGUAAAGCAUAGCGACUUUGCGGACUGUGUUCUCUCACAUGUGCGCUCGGCAAAGCGAUCAACUGCAAACAAGACGCAUUUCCACGAUGUAUUCUAUGCUAGUCGCAGCACCUUCUCUAAUAGCGUUAUUCGUGACCGGUCUAGUGUGGGUCGAAGUGAUGUAAAAAUGUCUACUGUGAGAGAUGCGAGCUAUGUGAAGCGCAGCACAAUCAUAGGCUCGACCCUAUCCUAUACGUCGGCAUCGAGGACAACGCUGAACGAUUGCAAUACUGAGGAGUGCUAUCUCGAUCGCUGCACGUUCAAGGGCAUGGUACUGAAGAAUGGCUACUGGAAAAAGAACCAACUCGUCAAGAAGGUAGGGAGGAAGGAGCCCAUCGCUGUGAAGAAAGACGGUUCUGGACCUGUGAAUUAUGCGGACGCGUCAUCUUCUACUGUCCCGGUUCCCCCUGAGGUAGACUCGAAGUCCGAGAUGCCUCCAAUGGAUAAUACUCUCCGUCGAGUGGACUCCGGAGUCACUCUUGAGAGUGAGGAAUCUGAUGACUCUGAAGACCUACCUCCGCCAUACAAAGUUUGA